AUGUUCCAGCUUCUCCACGCUUUGCUACCCUCCUUUUUUCUCUCUCUCUCUAUCUGUCGCUCUUUCUCACUUUCUUUCUCGUUUUUGACCCAACAUUUCUAUUCUUUGCUACCCUCUCUCUUUCCCUCUUUCUCAGUUUACUUCUCUUUCUUUCUUUUUGACGUCAUAAUCUCUAAUUUUGCUACACUCUCUCUCAAUCUAACUUACGUUAUUAUUUUUCUUAUAGUUUUCAUUCUUUAUUUCUCUCUUUCCUCGUUUCCCUCAUUCUUUCUGUCUUUCUCUAUCACUCUGGUUUUCUUUUCGAGCACAAUCUCUUUUCUUAGCUACUCUCUCUCACUCUCAGUCUGCUUCUCUUUCUUUUUACUAUCAUUUCAUUUCUUUGCAGACCCCUCUCUUUCUCAGUUCCUUUCUGUUUCUUUUUAUUUCUUCCUUUUUCUUUUUACUCUCGCCUUUCCUUUCUUUGCUAAUCUCUCACUAUUUCUUUCCCAGUUUUUUUUUCUCCAUUUUCUUUUUAGUAUGACCUUUUCUUUCUUUUCUACUCUCUUUCUCUCUCAGUUCUUUUUUUCCUUUUUCUUUUUAUUAUCACCUUUCUUUUAUUUGCUAAUAUCUCUCUCCCUAUUUCUUUUUUCCGUUUGUUUUUUUUUAUUUUUAGUAUCACCAUUCUUUUAUUUUCUACACGUUCUCUCUAUCACACUCUCACUAUCACUCUCUCUCUCUCUCUCAUUUGUUUUCUUUUUUAAUUUCACUCUCUCUAUUCUAUACUACUCUCUCUAUUCUAUACUACUCUCUCUCCCUCAGUUUGUUUCCCUCUAUUUUCUUACCACCAUCGCCAUUCUUUCCUAUGCCCUCCCACUCUCUCACAGUUUGGUAUUCUUUAUUUUUAGUAUCACCUUUUCUUUCUUUACUACUACUCCCACUCUCCCUCACAUUGUUUCUUUUUCUUUUUAUUUGUUUCUCUCUAUUUUCUUCAUUCAUUGCUACUCUCUAUCCUUCUCUAUCAGUUUCGUUCUUUUUCUCUGUUGUAGCAUCAUCUCCAGUCUUUGCUUCUCUCUCCCCACUCAGUUUGUUUCUCUUUUUUUUAUACCACUAUUUACGAUUUAUCCCUCUCCCCUCUCUCUGUCUCCCUCUCUCUCUCUCUGUUUUGAUCUAUUCCUUUACUUCUUCAAACUUGUCUUCCUAAUUUUUACUAAUCACCUCACGUUUAUCUCUCUUACGUUCCAAUUUAUCUACAUCCUUCUUCUCGUAUAA